ACUCUCCUGCCUAGGGAUACCACUGGGCCCAGGGAAAGACCUGUGAGUGUGCAUGGUGCCAUUUUGCCCCAUGGCUGAAGAUGGUUUGCCAAAAAUUUAUUCUCAUCCUCCAACAGAAAGCAGUAAAACAACAACUGAAGCAACCAUUUUCUUUGGGGCUGACAACACUAUUCCUAAAUCAGAAACAACUAUUACUUCAGAAGGAGACCACAUCACUUCAGUAAAUGACUAUACACUAGAAAGUGAUCUUUCAACAACAGACAACAAGCUUACAUCUCCAAAGGAAAAAGCAAAAUCAGAAGAUGAUGUUGAGUCCCAUAUUAUUAAGUCAUCAGCCGAUCUCGAGAAAGAAAUUACUACUAUGACAGGCACGACAAACUCCAUAGCUAAUGACUCUAUAACUGAAAAUUUAAUCCUAGUGAAAACUGGUAAUCUUUCACCACCAGGUGCUACUGUUUCUUUAAUAGAUUUUUCCACCAACACGGCAAAAGAAGAUAUUCUCUUGGAUACCACCGACCCAGGGAAUGAAGAUGUCUCAAUAACUUCUGAAGUCUCUGGCACAUUAAAGGAAGGUACCACCAGCACUGCAGACACUCCUACCCUUCUAAUUAAGAAAGAUGAACCUGAUGUUAACAAUUAUAAUUCCUCGGUUAAAUACAAUGUCACUUCUGAUGAGGCCAUCCAGAUCACCAACUCAUCUACCCCUGAGGUUGAACUCUCUCCUGUUAUUGAAAAAAACUUCACGAUUCCAGACAUAAUUGCCCUUACAGAAGAGAAAAUAACUGAAAUUGACUUAAGUCUUCCAGUGGAUGACCCCAGUGCUGUGCCCAAACUAACAGACUCCGAUGAGGAAAAGUUCAUCACUGUGUUUGAACUCACUACGACUGUGGAAAGAGACAAAGAUAACCCAGAAAAUAUUCUGCUGACCGAUGAAGAUUCUAUGGAUGAAGUCAAUGUUUGGAUGGAGAAAGAUAGCACAAAUGAAGCAGACAACCAUCAGGUUUUGCUCACUGCUGUUGAAUCCAGAUAUGACUUUGUAGUCCCGACAUCUGUAGCUACACACCUCACAGAAAAUCCAUCUACUAUGCCAAAAUAUCUGUCUGAAAAUAAUACAAUGGAAUCUGUAACUAAGGACAGUGAGCCACUUUCAGAAACUACCCCUGAUUCAGAUACCCGAAACAAUGAGGAAGAUGCUUUUACAAAUGAAAUGGGUGUCUUUAAGCUACUGAAAGAAGAACCAGAUGAGUUCCUUAUUUGAACGCAACAAAACAGAUGCCACAUAGAAUUGAGCAACAGCCUAGAAAGCUAGUCUUAACAUCUAAGAAGUUUGUCCAGCAAGCAAAAAUCUUAAUAGAGUAAAGAAUGUGAGCAUUUAAGGCAAGUAUUAGACUCAGAAAAAUAUAGAAGUUUAACAGAGGUCAUGCAGUAGAAUGUACUUACAGAAACUUGAAAACUCAGUAUAUGAGAGUUCCUCUAGUAUCAAAAAGUUUAAUUCAAUUAUAAUCCAAUUAUUUACCUUAAUAUAAAAUCUUUAAUCCCAGCUUUCAGGGAUAUGUAGAGAGAGAGAGCAAUAAAGAAAUCUCACUUUCUGCUACAUUUAAUGAUGUAUGUAAUUUUAAUUAACCCUCAAUAGCACAUUUUAGUGUGAGUUGAAGAGAUGAGAAUUGAAUUAACAUGUUAUCUCAAAAAAGAACUGUAGUAUUAAAAGCUCUAAAAUCCUAAUUCUAAACAGAUUUUUUCAGGCAACCAAUAGUUCUCUUCUAUUAAAAACUGUAUUUGUAAUCCUCUUUCUAUUUGCAAUAGAAUUAAGGCUAUUCAGUUCAGUAAUUGUUUAGCAUCCACAUGUAAAAAAAAUGUAAGAAAUAUUAUAGACUUCCUGGCUCAUGUUGGAGGCAAACUAAGGCAAAGUGAUAUUUUAUCUGUAAAUCUGUCAAAAACAAUAUUGUGUACAAACAUAUGAGUUAAUUUUUUUUCUGUAAAAUGUCUUUCCUGAAUUUUUGUCAA